GAAGCGACGCCCGAGGCGGGGGGGCGGCGCCGAGCCUGCAGGAGACACCUCGGCGCCGGCUGUGCCGGGCAGUCCUCGCCCUCUGGAGGCGGCAGCCUCCGGGGCGGCGGCGCCCGCGGCGCCCCUGACGGCCAGCUUCCUGCGGGUCGUCUUGCCGAGCCAGAGCCUUGCCAAGACGGGUGUCCCGUCAGGCUUCGUGGUGCAGCCCCUGGCGGACCCUCCUGCCGGCUCGGGAGAGGUGCCCGCCGUCGCCCUGGAGGCGGGAGGCAAGCCCGCGAGGUGCCCGGGCUGCAGGGCGUACGCCUGCCCCGGGGCCACGGCCUUCGUGGGAGCCAGGUGGCAGUGCAGCUUCUGCUGCCGCGCGCAGGAGCCGCCCGGGCCGGAGGCGCAGGGCGCGGGCAGCAGCAGCGUGGAGUUCGUGUGGCCCGCCGCGGCUCCCCGGGGCGCCAGCGCCGCGCAGGCGGCCUCGCGGCAGAGGAAGGCCUCGCAUUCCGGUUGGCUGCCGGGGUUCUUCCCGGCGACGCGGUCGCAGCAGGCGCCAGAGGUGCCCGGGCGAGCGCGGGGACCUGCCGGGGGCGGCCACGGCGCGGAGGGGCCGCUGCUGCUCUUCCUGCUGGACGCGUCGCGGCUCGCAGCGGACCCGACUCUGGGCUACUCCACGCGGCCGCCGCCGGCAUCCGGGAGGCGCUGUGCUCUGGCGCCGUGCCGCAGGGCGGCCCCCGCCGUGCCGCGUGCGUCCUCGCCCACGACGAGGGCCGCCUCAGCUUCUUCUGCGCGGGCGGCCGCGGAGAGCCGAGGGUGCUGGUGGUGUCGGACCUACAGGACCCGUUCCUCCCGCUGCCAGCGGAGUCUCUCGUCGACUACUCGGACGGCUCAGAUGGGGUGGUCGCCAUCCUGGACGCGCUCCCGCAGCUGGUGGCAGGCGCAGCGCCACCGCCGGGGGCGCGGGCGCCCGGGGGGCUCCAUCUGGCGCUCGGGGCGGCGCUGCUGGCCCUGCGAGGCCGCGGCGGCAAGCUCGUGGCGUUCACGGCAGAGGGCGCGGGGGCCGCGCGGGGCCUCCAAGAAGGCGCGGCGAGCCCCUACACCGCGUUGGCCUCGGACAUGGUCAAGGCCAAGGUGUCCGCGGAGGUCUUCGUGGCCACGCCCGCCCGUGACGGCGCGGGGAUCGCCGACCUCGCCUGCCUCACCGACUGCGGCGGGGAGCUCUGGCACUUUCCGGAAUUCGAUUGCAGGCGCGACGGCCGGAGGCUCGGGGCCGCCGUGGGCACCGCGCUGGGCAGGCACCGGGGCUGGGAGGCGCAGCUGCGGGUGCGGGUGCCGCGGGGCUGGAAGGCGGAGAGGAUGCAGGGGCACUGUGCGCGCAAGAAUCGGGAGGGGAAGCCGGGGCUCGCCGUCCUGCCGAACUGCCACGCCGAGCAGACUUUCGCCGUGGAGGUCAGGAAGGCCAGCGAUGAGCUUGGUGGCGCAGGCCCUGGCAGCGGCACGCCGCCCUUGAUCUCCAGUGCGUGCUGA